CAACCUGCUGCCGCCGCGGCCCGGCCGAGCGGAGAGCACCGCACGCAGAGCACACGCUCGCGCUCAGCUCCCCUCCGGGGCGGUUCAUGAGCGCGCGCUCCGACCGCAGCCUCCGCGAGCCCGCGCCUCACCGCCGCGGCCCGCCGUCGUCAGGGCCCCCCGGGGCAAGGAAGGCAGGAAGGCCGGCGCGGCCGUGCGCCCCGUGGAGCCCGCCACCCCUGCCCGCAGCCGGCUGCCCGGCCCGCCUGGCACCAUGCUGCUCGCGCGCUGCGCCCGCCUGCUCGCGCCCCACUUGCUGCUCGUGCUGGUGCAGCUGUCCCCGGCUCGCGGCCACCGCACCACGGGCCCCAGGUUUCUCAUAAGUGACCGUGACCCUCAGUGCAACCUCCACUGCUCCAGGACUCAACCCAAACCUAUCUGUGCCUCUGACGGCAGGUCCUACGAGUCCAUGUGUGAGUACCAGCGAGCCAAGUGCCGAGACCCAACCCUGGGUGUGGUACAUCGAGGUAGAUGCAAAGACGCUGGCCAGAGCAAGUGUCGCCUGGAGCGGGCUCAGGCCCUCGAGCAAGCCAAGAAGCCCCAGGAGGCGGUGUUUGUCCCGGAGUGCAGCGAGGAUGGCUCCUUUACCCAGGUGCAGUGCCAUACUUACACGGGGUACUGCUGGUGUGUCACCCCAGAUGGGAAGCCCAUCAGUGGCUCUUCUGUGCAGAAUAAAACUCCUGUAUGUUCAGGUUCAGUCACCGAUAAGCCCGUGAGCCAGGGUAACUCAGGAAGGAAAGAUGACGGGUCUAAGCCGACACCCACGAUGGAGACCCAGCCGGUGUUCGAUGGAGAUGAAAUCACAGCUCCCACUCUCUGGAUUAAGCACUUGGUAAUCAAGGACUCCAAACUGAACAAUACCAAUGUAAGAAAUUCAGAGAAAGUUCACUCUUGUGACCAGGAGAGACAGAGCGCCCUGGAAGAGGCCCAGCAGAAUCCCCGCGAGGGCAUUGUCAUCCCCGAGUGUGCCCCCGGGGGGCUCUAUAAGCCAGUGCAGUGCCACCAAUCCACUGGCUACUGCUGGUGUGUGCUGGUGGACACGGGGCGUCCGCUGCCCGGGACCUCCACACGCUACGUGAUGCCCAGUUGUGAGAGUGACGCCAGGGCUAAGAGUGCGGAGGUGGACGACCCCUUCAAGGACAGGGAGCUGCCAGGCUGUCCAGAAGGGAAGAAAAUGGAAUUUAUCACCAGCCUACUGGAUGCUCUCACCACUGAUAUGGUGCAGGCCAUUAACUCAGCAGCACCCACUGGAGGUGGGAGGUGA